CACUGCUGAAGUGGGGCGGUCACACUACGUAAACACGUGAAACGCGCUCUGUUUAUUUCGGUUUGAUUUGUUAUUUAGAUGCUGCAAAAUGGGCUUAACUAAACAAUAUUUGGCGUACAGAGCUAUAGAUAGCUUUAAUAUCAUCUCAUCCGGACGCGCCAAUGUGAACUUUGCCGUUGUCGACAAGACGGAGGGUCGGUAUGUGGCCGCUCCAGCCGCCGAGAAUGUAAUUCUGUGGGACCUGCGAAUGGGGGACCGCAAGCUGACGCUGCGCCGCGAGAAGGUUGAGGUCACCUGCCUGCGUGUGUCGCCGGAUCAUCUGCACAUUGCCGUGGGCUAUGCGGACGGCAUGGUUCAGAUCUUCGACAUUAGUUCGGAGCGUUACUUCGAUCCCAUCUGCUCGCUGGCGCUGCACAAGAACGCGGUAAGCGUCCUGCGGUACGAUAUGCAGGGCAUGCGAUUAGUUAGCGGUGGGCUGGACACCGAACUUCUGGUCGUUGACGUCGUGGAGCAGGCGGGCAGGGCGAGACUAAGCGGCCACAAUGCCGCCAUUACGGACGCUCACUUCCUGCAGCGCCUGGUGGAGGAGAGCGUCGUGGUGAGCUGCUCGAAGGACACACAGAUUAAGUUUUGGAAUUUGGAGACGCAGUUUUGCUUCAAGACCAUCGUGGAUAACCGCACGGAGGUAUGGGCUCUGGCCUUUAUCGGCGAUUUAAUGGUGGCGGGAGCCGGCGAGAGCGGCAUGAACGUGUACCGCCUGAGGAAGCAGGAGGGAGCAACAAUAGCCGAGACCCUGGAAUCGGCCGUAGAGGGCCUGUCUAUAGACGACGAGGACACGAUAAGUCCCAUCAGCGUGAGCAACUGCGGUACCAUUCAGCGGGCAGGCAAGGGACGCACCGUUAACUUGGUGACCGACCCCAGCGAGCGGGUGCUAAGCUGCCACGGCACCAACGACCUAAUCGAAAACUUCUACAUCUGCACGCCGGAAGAGGUAAAAAAGCGGCUCAGCAAGCGCCUGAAAAAGGAGAAGAAGGCCGCCGAGGAGGACGCAUCUGGUGAUGGUGCCAAACUCUGCACUGAGCAGUCGCUGAGCGACGAGAUCAAGCGGUUGGAAAGCGUGCGAGCCAAGCAGAAGAUCAAGUCCAUCGAUGUGGUCUUGGGACAGAACCAAGAGCUUCGUGUUCUGGUCAGUCUGGCCAACAACAGUCUGGUGCUAUACUCCCUGGAAGCUUCUAUUAAGACGCGCAAGGCAGCCGAUCCCAGCGUGAAACUGCUGCGGUCACUCACCCGUCUUGGCCACCAGUCCGAGGUGCGAACCGUGUGCUUUAGCAACGAUUCCCUGGCCAUUGGCUCGGGAGCCGGGGAAUCCUUCAAGUUCUGGGACCGCGAUGCCAUGCAGUGUCUGCGCACAGUACCGACGGACUACAUCCUCUGCUCAAGGUUCGUGCCGGGCGACCACUACGUGCUGCUGGGCAUGAAAAGCGGCAAACUGCUCAUUGUUGAUGUGGCAGCAGCCGAUGUCGUGGAGGAGAUCCCAGCGCACGACAGCGAGUUGUGGUCCAUUGCCCUGCUACCCGAUCAAAAGGGAUGCGUCACCGGAAGCGGAGAUACCACAGUGAAGAUCUGGACAUUCGAACUGAUCGACUCGGGCGAGGACGCCGCGCAGACCAAGGUGCUGUCCCUUCUGCACAAGAACACACUCAAGCUAGAGGAGACCGUGCUCUGUGUGGGCGUCAGUCCGGAUAUGAAGUAUCUGGCCGUGGGCCUGCUCGAUGCCACCGUCAAGGUGUUCUUCCUGGACACCUUCAAAUUUUACCUGUCUCUGUACGGCCACAAGCUGCCCGUUCUCUGCCUGGACAUAUCCUAUGACUCUAAUCUAAUCGUGACCGGAUCGGCGGACCGCAACGUGAAGGUGUGGGGCCUCAACUUCGGCGACUGUCAUCGCUCCAUCUUCGCCCAUGAUGACUCCGUGAUGAGCGUGCAGUUUAUACCGAGGACCCAUAUGUUCUUCACCUGCGGCAAGGACGGCAAAGUAAAGCAGUGGGAUGGCGACUCCUUUGAGAAGAUUCUCACCCUGCCCGGCCACAUAGGUGAGGCGUAUUGCCUGUCUGUGUCGCCCAACGGCCGGUACCUAGUCACCUGCGGCUCCGAUCGGACACUCCGGAUGUACGAGCGCACGGACGAGACGAUUGUGUUGAAGGAUGUUCAGGAGGAGGAGCGCGAGCAGCUGGAGAACGAGCAACUGGCCACGGGCGAGGACAAUGCCGUGCCCUUGCUUCCUGGUCUCAAGAUGCCAUCCCGCAAGACGGUGGGCUCGGAGCAGUCCGCCGAGUCCGUUCUAGAGUGCCUGGAAAUUUGCAAGCAGUUCGAGCUUGAGUCUGAAGAGAAGCCGGAACUGCAUCCCCUCAUGCAAGCUCUGCAGGCGAAGAACCCCGUCGACUUCCUGGUCAGCACACUCGUGCGGAUACGAGCCUCCGAUCUGGAGGAGGCGCUCUUGUUGCUCCCCUUUUCCAACGUGUGCGAGGUGCUGGAGCGCCUGCCCACCCUGCUGGCCCAGCGACCCGAUCAACUGGAGCUGCUCUGUCGCGUCACCAUCUUCCUGUUCAAGGUGCAUAUGAAGCCCAUUGCGGCGGCCAAGACCAUGAAGCCGCUGCUGGUCAAGCUGCUCUCCAUGCUGAAGCGAGAUGUCGGUCAACUUAGGGACAUCUUGGGCUGGAACUUGCACGGCCUGGCCCUGCUCCAGACCGAGGUGGAGCAGCGCGAGGGCGUCCAGCUCUUCCGAGAGGCGACGCAGGCGCGCAAGAAGCGCGACAAAAGGCGCAGGGAAGCCGGCAAGCGGCGCCUGCAGAUCCAAAUGCUCUGAGGCAGAAUCCUCUUGUAUAUUGUAUUUGUAAUAACGUAAUAAAAAGGCUAGUUAGUGUAUGGUACAAGA